AUGCGGAUAUGUACUGCUCUAAUAGUUUAUAGUAUUGCUUUCACUUCAGCUCAAGUUAUCACUUCAGCAAAUAAUAAAACUACAUCAAAUUCCUCUAAUAAUGAAACGGAAGUACUGACUCCUGAGAUAGUUAAGCCAUCUGUUCCUCCACCUGGUGCAGGAAACAUCACCGGGGUCAGAAUGCCUAGCAUUUUUGGUAUGAGAGUGGAACUUCCGGCUGAUGAUCCUUUCGGAUAUGAUAAACAUGGAGUAUGUAUUGUUACGCCAGAUGAACCUUUUAAAGUAGUAAUUUAUGGAAAUCACUUGGAUAAAAUAGCUCAACUCAUAUUCACUCUAACUAACAAUUGCUCAGAAGCAACACACAUUGUGGAUGCAACUAAUAACUUUAUAAUUCACUUUACUCACAAAGCAACUUUCCAACUAACCCUGCCACCUGUACCCGAGAAUGUACAUGCCUACAAGAUGUGUGUAAAACCUAAAGGACUUCUACCUUCGCAAAACUUUGAAAUGACAGUUUUGGAAGAUGUAUCUACAUGGAUAACAACUGAGAAACCCCCUAAGGAGUAUUUACUGCCUCUUCCACUACAGAUUGCCGUUGUAUGUCUCUUGUUAUGUUUAUCAGCUCUGUUUUCUGGUUUGACCCUUGGCCUCAUGUCUCUGACACCUCAAGAGUUGGAACUAGUCAUGAAAAGUGGUUCACCAAGCGAACAAAAAUAUGCAGAAGCGAUUCUCCCAAUUAGAAAAAAAGGAAACCAACUCCUAUGUGCACUUCUUAUGGGAAAUGUCAUUGUGAACGCGGGUAUAUCCAUCUUGUUCGGAGAACUAACAACGGGAUUAUUAGCCCUUAUUAUCUCAUCGGCAGGAAUCGUUAUAUUCGGAGAGAUUAUUCCUCAGAGUUUUUGUGUUAAGAAGGGAUUAGCCGUCGGUGCUCAUACGAUUUCGGUAACUCAAAUUAUUAUGUUUAUAACAUGGCCGCUGGCCUAUCCGAUCAGUCGUUUACUGGAUUGUCUAUUGGGAGAGGAAUAUCAAUCGUAUGAUCGAAAGCGUUUGAUGGAGUUGAUUCGUAUGUCUAUUAAAUCUGACAACGGACAACUUUCGAACGAACUCAAAAUCGCUGUUGGUGCUAUGGAGAUAGCUGACAAAGUAGUUGAAAAUGUUAUGACGAAGAUAUCGGAUGUUUUCAUGUUACCAGACACAACAGUUUUGAACGCAAUGACUGUUGCAGAGAUUGUAAAGAUGGGUUAUACUCGAAUUCCUGUGUACUCCGAUGGAGACAAAAACAAUGUAACAGAUAUACUAUUUGUGAAGGACUUAGCUUUGCUAGAUCCUGAUGACAACUUUACUAUUCAUACAGUAUGUGGAUAUCAUAAGCAUCCGGUUAAGUUUGUAUUCAACGACACUCCAUUGAGCAUCUUGCUGGAAGCUUUCAAAAAGAAAUUGAAAAACCAGGGUGAUGGCCAUCUGGCUAUGGUCAAGAAGUUAGUCGGUACUGAAGACCACGAUCCAUCUUAUGAACUAGUUGGUGUUGUAACUCUAGAAGAUAUAGUUGAAGAAAUAUUACAAGCUGAAAUCAAUGAUGAAUUUGAUAUUGUAUCAGACAAUGUUAACAAAAUCAAAAGAGAAAGGAAGCAGGUGGGCCGAAAAAACAGUGAUAUCGUGAAGUUCUUGAAUGAUAAAGAGGCUCCCCAGGUUCAGAUAUCUAUGCAGCAACAAAUCGUGGCAUUACAAUGGCUAGUCUCCAACGAAGUAGCUUUCAGUACGAAAUACAUUGACACCAACGUAUUGGAACGCUUAAUCAAAAAUAGUGCUAGAAGAGUAGAUGUGUCGGCACUCAUGGCUAUGGCACACGAUCAGGUUAACUUGCCUAAAUUAGCUCGAUUGUACACGAAAGGUGAAAUGAGUGACAGAUUUGUUUUGGUUCUUGAAGGACGAGUUCAAGUGACGAUCGGUCAAAGUGGAAUGAUGUUCGAAGCUGGUCCAUGGCACUGCUUCGGAAAGGAAGUUCUGGAUAAGUUGGUUCAAGGAGCUGCUACAUUAUCACGGAGCACAUCUAUCGUUGAUAUCAAUGAUUUAUCAUGUCGUCGUCCUGACCUGAUGUUCGACCCAGACUACACAGUAGUUGUUAAGGAAGAAUGCACAUACUUGGAUAUCAAUGUUGCUGCUUAUAUAAAUGCUUUCAAAUCAUCAUUGAUGCAACGAGAAAGAGAUCGUGACGACGGUUCCUAUGAUGGUAAUUCACGUACUCCUUCACCCACCCGUAAGAAGAGCAUGCUAGGGUCACCUAUACAAGAUCCUUCCGCUUUACUAAUUCCAAAAAUGCAACAAGUAAACGAUGCUCGGGAAGCAGUAAAAGUAUUGAAUGAGCAAAUGCAUCAUAGCAAAAUAGAUGAGGAAGAGAUGGAGUUGCUCUCAAAGGAAGAAGUUUAG